GGCUACGGCUGGGCUGGAGGUGCCGGGCCGGGACCGCGGCGGAGGCCGUGGCUGUGACUGAGAAGGUGGCGGGGAGGAACGCGGGAAGAAGAUGGCGACGUCGGGGGCGAACGGGCCGGGCUCCGCCACGGCCUCAGCUUCCAAUCCGCGCAAGUUUAGCGAGAAGAUCGCGCUGCAGAAGCAGCGUCAGGCCGAAGAGACUGCGGCCUUCGAGGAGGUGAUGAUGGACAUCGGCUCCACCCGGUUACAGGCCCAGAAACUGCGACUGGCUUACACAAGGAGCUCCCACUACGGUGGUUCUCUGCCUAAUGUUAACCAGAUUGGCUGUGGCCUGGCCGAGUUCCAGAGCCCCCUCCACUCACCUUUGGAUUCAUCUCGGAGCACUCGGCACCAUGGACUGGUGGAAAGGGUGCAGCGAGACCCCCGAAGAAUGGUGUCCCCACUCCGCCGAUACCCCCGCCACAUCGACAGUUCUCCCUACAGUCCUGCCUACUUAUCUCCUCCCCCAGAGUCCAGCUGGCGAAGGACAAUGCCCUGGGGCAACUUCCCAGCAGAGAAGGGGCAGCUAUUUCGACUACCAUCUGCACUUAACAGGACGAGCUCUGACUCUGCCCUUCAUACAAGUGUGAUGAAUCCCAAUCCCCAGGACACAUAUCCAGGCCCAACACCUCCUAAUGUCCUGCCCAGCCGCCGAGGAGGUUUGCUGGACGGCAAAAUGGACUCCAAAGUCCCUGCUAUUGAGGAGAACCUGCUAGAUGACAAACAUUUGCUGAAACCAUGGGAUGCCAAAAAGCUGUCCUCGUCCUCCUCCCGACCUCGAUCCUGUGAAGUCCCUGGAAUUAACAUCUUUCCGUCUCCUGACCAGCCUGCCAAUGUGCCUAUCCUCCCACCUACCAUGAACACGGGGGGCUCCUUACCUGACCUCACCAACCUGCACUUUCCUCCACCACUGCCCACCCCUCUGGACCCCGAGGAGACAGCCUACCCCAGCCUGAGUGGGGGCAACAGUACCUCUAAUUUGACUCACACCAUGACCCACCUGGGCAUCAGUGGAGGUCUGGGACUGGGCCCAGGCUAUGACACGUCAGGACUUCACUCACCUCUCAGCCACCCAUCCCUGCAGUCCUCCCUAAGCAACCCCAACCUCCAGGCUUCCCUGAGCAGUCCUCAGCCCCAGCUCCAGGGUUCCCACAGUCACCCCUCACUGCCGGCCUCUUCCUUGGCCCACAAUGCACUGCCUACCACCUCCCUAGGCCACCCGUCACUCAGCGCCCCAGCCCUCUCUUCUUCCUCUUCCUCAUCCUCCACUUCCUCUCCCAUCCUGGGUGCCCCCCCUUACCCACCUUCUACCCCUGGGGCUUCCCCCCGCCAUCGCCGUGUGCCCCUCAGCCCCCUGAGUUUGCCCGCGGGCCCAGCCGACGCCAGAAGGUCCCAACAGCAGCUGCCCAAACAGUUUUCGCCAACAAUGUCACCCACCUUGUCUUCCAUCACUCAGGGCGUCCCCCUGGACACCAGUAAACUGCCUACUGACCAACGAUUGCCCCCCUACCCGUACAGUCCCCCAAGUCUGGUUCUGCCCGCCCACCAACCCACCCUAAAGCCUUUACAUCAGCCAGGGCUGCCCUCCCAGGCCUGCUUAGUGCAGCCCUCAGGUGGGCAGCCCCCAGGCAGGCAGCUGCACUAUGGGACCCUGUACCAACCUGGGUCUAGUGGGCACGGGCAACAGUCUUACCACCGGCCAAUCAACGACUUCAGCCUGGGGAACCUGGAGCAGUUCAGCCUGGAGAGCCCAUCCACCAGUCUGGUGCUGGAUCCUCCUGGCUUUUCUGAAGGGCCUGGAUUUUUAGGGAGUGAGGGGCCAACGGGUGGCCCCCAGGAUUCUCAUGCCCUCAACCACCAGAACUUGACCCACUGUUCCCGCCAUGGCUCAGGACCUAACAUCCUCCUCACAGGAGAUUCCUCUCCAGGUUUCUCUAAGGAGAUUGCAGCAGCCCUGGCUGGAGUACCUGGCUUUGAGGUGUCAUCCGGGUUGGAGCUGGGGCUGGGGCUGGAAGAUGAGCUGCACAUGGAGCCAUUGGGCCUGGAAGGGCUAAACAUGCUGAGUGACCCCUGUGCCCUGCUGCCAGAUCCUGCUGUGGAGGACUCCUUCCGCAGUGACCGGCUCCAGUGAGAGGACCUCACCACCGUCCUUUGUGGUCCCAUCCCCUGUCACUGUUCUGUUCCUCCCUCCCCCCCGGCCAGUAGAGACUCCACUCUCUGCCCCCAGAUCCUCUUUCUACCAUGAAUGAAGGGUCCUAAGGAUGAGAAAAAGGCAAGGGGCUUGCGCCAGUGGCCCCUGACUUCUGCACCAUGGGUGGGCCUGGGGGAACUCAAGGGAGGGCUUAAAGCACUUGUAACUUUGCAAACCGUCUGUCUGGAGGUCAGAGCCUGUUGGAAAGCAGGGGUAGAGGAGAAGCCCGGAGGCAGGGCUUGUCUGGAUGCCCAGGGGUGGGCAGUGCCAGCCCCUCCUCACCACUCUUCCCCUUGCAAUGGAAGAGAGAGCCAGAGUGGAUAUUAUUUUUUAUUAAAUAUAUUAUAUGUUAAUAAAAAAAUCCUGUCAAA